CUGAUCUUUGCUCUGCCAGUUCCCCUACAACGAUGAUGAGCUGGCUGAUCUCAGUGGGGCUGCUCCUGCUGGUCCUUAGUCCCAGCUCGGAGGCCCAGGACACAGUUUCGAAGAUGUGCCGCUCGGACGAACUGUGCACUUCGGUGAAGCGUUGCGAGGACUCCGACGAUUCCGGGGGCAUGGCUAUUGGUCCGCGCAGUUCCCGCAGUUGCGGCGAUAGAAGGGUCUGCUGCGAAACGGCCCAGCUGGAGAGCUGGGACAGAUCGCAGAGCUCGAAGAGCCGAGCCGUCUCCUCCUCGAUCCGAGAUAAGGUGUCCUCGCUGGAGCCGCCGCCGAACGAGAGUUGCGGCCUGAACAUGGAGUGCGUGCCCAGGAAGCUCUGUCGCGACCACGUCAUCAACGACUCCGGAAUAGACCUGAUCAAUCCCAGGAUCAGCACGAUUCCGUGCAGCAAGUCCUUGUACCGCUGCUGCGCGGUGGACGAACAGGUGGACGAAUCUGAAAGUCCGUACGUGGCGAAGCUGGCCGACUUUAAGUACAAGAACUGUGGCUACAGCAAUCCCCAGGGUCUGAUCCCCGACAACGACAAGUUCAACUAUACGGAGGACGUCUCCAUCUUCGGCGAGUUCCCCUGGAUGGUGGGCAUCUUCACCGGGCGGCAGUCGUUCCUCUGCGGCGGCACCCUGAUCCAUCCGCGGCUGGUCAUCACCUCGUCGCACAACGUGAUCAACGAGACGGUGGACACCCUGGUGGCCCGGGUCGGAGACUGGGAUCUGAAUGGCCUCAACGAGCCGUUCCCGCACCAGGGCAGCCGUAUCAAGGAGAUCAUCAUGCACCCGGAAUUCGAUCAGAAGCGUCUGUUCAACGACAUCGCCCUGCUGCUCCUGGACGAGCCCAUCGUCCUGGCUCCGCACAUCCAGCCGCUGUGCCUGCCGCCUCCCGAGUCGCCGGAGCUGAUCAACCAGCUGCUCUCGGCCACCUGCUACUCCACCGGCUGGGGAGCCAAGCAGGCGGACAGUGAUAAGCUGGAGAACGUGCUCAAGCGGCUCAACCUGCCGGUGGUGGAGCACGACGAGUGCCAGGCGAGGCUGAGGAACACCCGAGUGUCCACUCGCUUCCGCCUGCGCCCCAGCUUCAUGUGUGCCGGCGGCGAUGGCAAGGACACCUGCAAGGGUGACGGCGGCUCACCGCUCUUCUGCACCAUGCCCGGCGAACGGGAUCGCUACCAGCUGGUGGGCAUCGUGUCCUGGGGCGUCGAGUGCGGCGUCGAGGACAUUCCCGCCGUGUACACCAAUGUGCCGUACUUGCGCAGCUGGAUCGAUGAGAAAAUCAGAGGACUAGGGAUCACAUUGCAGGCGCAAUGAGCUAAGAAAUCACUGUUCAAAUUGAAAAUUUAAAAUAAAGAACUUUUAUAAUAUGCGACCUUAAACCAUUUUAACAGGAAUAAGAUAUCAAGAUUGUCUUUAAAAACUUGAUAUUGCUUUUUAAGAAAAAUGAUUUUACCUUUAACUAAAUAAAUACGCAUUCUUACGUUGUUUGAAA